AUGACGUCCAACGCCAAGCCGAUCCCUACGGCCGAGUACGACGCCGUUAUCGCCGCCGCCCAGCACUACUUCGACAGUCUCAAAAAGGCCGACCGCGGCCUCCUCGAGGACGCCUUCCACGAGGACGCCACCAUGACCGGGUGGUUCCUCAACGGGACCCUGUCCAAGGGCUCGUACAGGGACCUUUACGGCUACUACAAGGCCUACGGGCCGGCCGUCGACAUCAAGGCGCGCGCGGACGUGAUUGGCAUGACGCCCACUACGGCGGUGGUGCGGGCCGAGAUGGAGGGGACUCCGGAUAAUCCGUAUGUCGACUUUUUGACCUUGAUUAAGGUGGAUGGGAAGUGGAAGAUUAUUUCGAAGGUGUUUCAUGCUUAUGAGAAGCAGUAG